AUGGACGUACCUAUGCACGAUGCGAGCCGUAGAGGCGGACGCAGGAACGCGCCUGCCAAUGCUCGUGCUGCACGUCGUAGCGAUCCGUAUGCGCGCGACUCGAGGGCUCGCGUCGGUGCGGCUGCUCGUGAAGAAUACGCCGUACAACCUGUUCAGUCUCCAGCCAGCAUGUCGAGCACAGCUCCAGAGCUGAGCAUUCGCGGAACCAGUGGGCCCACGUGGAUCGUCAUUUCGAAUCUCGCUGCAGGCACGUCGACCGAAGAUGUUCGUCUCACGUUCGGCAUGUUCGGCCGUGUCGAAGAGGUGAGGUUGCGCCCGCCGCCUUCUGCAACCCACCCCACAGUCGCUUUUGAAGUCGCCUUCGACAGGCGAGAGGAUGCCGAGAGUGCGGCAGCAAAGUUCAACGGAGCUCUUGCCGACGGAAGGAUUCUGUCAGUGACCAUCCGCAGACCCGACGUACCACGCGAACCUUACAGCCAGUUCGGUCGCGCUCCCGCCCAAGCUGUUGAGCAGCGGCCUCGUCGCAAGGCGGAUCACUUGAUCCCUGCUCCUGCUGCGCUGCCAUACACGCCUAGCCCGGCAGCUGCUGUGACUGCCGCUAUCCCUACCGGCCCUGCUAGUAUGCGCUCGCGCGCAAACACCGCUAGGCUCGUCGAACCUCGCGCCAAACAGUCAAACGGUGCAGCGAGCGCCCACAAGAAAGCAGAUGCGGGCGGCAAAGCCACUGCUGUCGCAGCGAGCAACGUUCCUGGCAAGAACAAGAGCGCUAAAGCGACCAACGCUGCUGCCGACUCUGCGACUGGCAAGAAAGCCACCGCGAUGGCCGCAACCAAGCCGCAGUCUCUAGCUCAGCGAAUCCCCGAACCGCUCGUCAACCGUCUGUUGACGCCCGAACAAGCGAAAAAGCUACGUGAAGAGGAAGCCAAGAAGAAGGCGCGGGACGAGGCUCGCGCCAAGGCGAUUGCAGCGACGGGCAAGCAUACGGUGUUGGGCAAACGUCUCGGUGGUCUGCCGUUGGCGCAGAGGUUAGUGCGGCAGGCGGGGACUCCUCAGUCAGACCAGAGCGCCAUCCAAGCCGCUGCCGACAAGAAGAAGCGCAAGAGGGAAUUGGCCAAGGCCAAGAAGGCCAGAAAGGCAGCUGCACAGCCUAGCGGAAUGGACCUCGACGGAUAA